GGCAAAACAAUACGAAAGAGAACCCAUCGUCUCAACACACACACAGAAAUACAGAAAAGCGAAGAGAUGCGUUGCUGUGGAUUGGCUCCAAUACCCACACCCAUAUCCAUAUCCGACCCGAAAACACGCUUACCAUUCUCCUCCACGUAUUUCUUCCCCGUCAAACUCGUAUCAUCGCCCCGGGGACGUCCUGGGUCGCUCAGGGCCAAGGCCAGGGCCACCAUCAACGAUGGGUUCGUGACCGAAGAGGCCGCCGCCGGGUCGAGCUUCUACGAGCUGCUGGGCAUACCCGAGUCCGGAUCCUUGGUGGAAAUCAAGCAGGCGUACAAGCAGCUCGCCCGUAAAUACCACCCGGACGUGUCGCCGCCUGGUCGGGUCGAGGAGUACACCAAGCGGUUUAUCCUGGUCCAGGAGGCCUACGAGAUCUUGUCGGAUCCCAGAAGCAGAGCUCUCUAUGAUCGAGACAUGGCCAAGGGUCUCCAGCUCGCGUUCUCGGCUCGAAGACGCUACCAGAGCGACGAGGGCAUGGAAGAGAGAGGCGAGUGGAAGAACCGAUGGCAAUCUCAGCUGUCAGAGCUGAAGAGAAAAAGCAUGAACAAGGAUAUUGCAAGAGGAAAUCAGUCCUGGGGAGCUCGAAUGCGCAGGCGAAGGGAUGAAUUAGCCAACGAAUUAUAAAUAAAUAUAUAUAGCUGCUCUGCUUUCUCUUGGUUUUUCUGUGUAUGUAUAUAUAUAUUUUCUUCUAACCUUAUGGAGCACACGGAAAUUCAAAGUUGUCAUUUGGGUAAUCAUCCAAUUACCUCCUUGAUUAUGCCAACCAAAUAGUUAAUUAGGUAUAACAAUUUUUCUUCUUUUUCUUUAAAAUUCCCUUUGGUUUAUGUGUUUGUAGGGUUGAAUUUGACACUUAACCUUGUAUAAUUAACGACAAUGCUUCUCCUUUA